AGGAUUCACUCCGAAGACUCACUCUGAAGCGCGACCGACCGUCUUCGGCGUCGAAUCCCGCACCGCCACUAAAACCCUAAAACUAAACCGUUUUCUUCUUCACCCCCAAAUCCCGUCCUAAACCCUGCCCUUGACCUCGAUCCGGUCCCCAUCCCUGCUCCUCGCCCUUCUCCCAUGGCGGCGGAGGUAGCCUCGGAUACCGUAAUGAAGUUGUAAUCUCCGACCGCUUAAAACCCUAGCCGUGAGCUCGAACCCGUCUUCCUGACCCGUUCUCCGCUUCUACGAUGGCGGCGGACGUAGCCUCGGAUUCCGAUCCCCUGAAUCCGUGCUGUGCCAAGCUUAGACAAAAGUUCUUGAAGUUGGAGGGAAGCAGGAACGCUCUCCGGCAAGCCGUGCAGAUCCUCGAGCAGCAGCUUAAUAAGCUUGAAAGCGAGAAUGCGAAUCUCAAAAAGGUAAAUCGGGAACAAGAGAAUGCAGAGUUUCAUAAAAGGUCAAAGGAAGAAGAAUCAAGUAUCAUACAUACAUUGGAGAAACAGAUUAAUGAAUUGAAGUCUGAGAUAAGUGCUUAUCAACAAAUGGAAACCAAAGAUCACAGUAACUCACUGGACACUCAUAUUGCUGAAAGGGAUGCAGAGAUAAAGAUGCUGAAAGAGAGUCUUGUUAAAGAGAAAAUGAGAGGUGAUGCCGAGAAAAAGAAGGCUGAAAUAGCGACGAAGAAAGCUGCAGAUGCAAAGAAGUUGCUGGAUAUGGAGAAGAGUAAAUGUGAUGAUGCAAGGAAGCUUGCUAAUGCUGAUAAAAAGAAAGCUGAGGAAGUUAGACUUUCUUUGGAAAAAUUUAAAACUGAAGUCAAUGAAGCCAGGGCCAAAUUAGUGGCAGAAAGAACCAAAGCGCAUGAAUUUGAUAAAUUAAUUGAAGAAGAAAAGCAGAAGACUAUUAUGGAAAAGAAGCGUGCAGAGUUAGAGAGGACAAAAGCUGAAGAGCUAAGUAAGAUUUUGGAAGUGCAACGUAGAGAGGCAAGGGACGAUAAGGUCCGUGUAGAACAUAUGAAGCAAAUGCUGGAGGAUGAGAAGCAACACAAAGAGAACUUACAAAGGAAGUUAGUAGAGAUUCUUUCGGAACGAGAAGCUGCAAGCGGCUGUCUAUGUUCUCGGGAUAAGAAAUUAAAGGGUGACACAAGCGCCAAACCUGCUGUUGUGAAAACCCUGAAAGAACAACUAAAGUUUGCAAAGAAGCAACUAAAGUAUGCUAAAAGAAUGACUAAGCUUGAGAAGGCGGAGAAAAAGCUUAUCAGCCAGCAAUUUCAUCUAUUGAAGCAGGAGUUUAUCCAACUCUCAUGCCACCUGAAGAUGCUCGGUGAUCAAAUAUCUCACGUAACUGAAGGUACACAUAGCCUUGGAAAGAUUGAGGAUCCUUUGAGAUACAAUUUGCAAAAUGUCAGCCUCGGUCUUAGGUGUUCGGAGAGAGAUUUUCAACUGGGAAACUGUUGCUGCAAGGGUUCAUUUCAUAUUCCUGGUUCAACGAGAGAAUGCUCUUGCUUCGCUGCAUCUGGACGACAGCAUGCAAGAAAAAUCACAGGUACUAAAUCUGAAGUGGACCCUCUGACUAGAGAUUCCAGUAGAAACAGGCCGCAGAGUUCUACAGUCUGUUCCACUUCCACAACUUGUCGUGAUAGAGAGUUGAUGGGCUCACAGGCAAUUGAUGCUACAUUCCUGGCGACAUCAUCUAAACUGGCGGAAGGCUUCUCAAGUCAUGGACUGAUCAUCCCAAAUGUACCACGUGCAGAUGCUGAGCAUGUACAUAAUAAAAUGACUGCAUCUGAAGCAAAAAAAACACAUAGAAGUUGCAUUAAAAAAAAAACACAUAGGAGUGGAUCUGUUUAUGAAGGAAACAAAUUCACAGAUAAGAUACAAGUUUGUGGUGGUGGGAAGAAAAGGAAGAUACAUGAUCCAAUGGCAUCUAUUACAUCAUUCUGUGAUAAGGACAAUCAAGUACAUUUGGUAGAGAGACAUUUUUCAGGGAAAAAUCUGAUGAGAACUAAAGGUGCCCCCCUCAAAGAAAUUUGCCACCAGAAUAGUGGAAUGUCUAAGAUCAUUAAUGCUUCAAGAGGUUUACGUACUGAAAUGCAUGGGAGUUUCAUGUCUGCAGAAGAUAGGCUGGGAAUUACACAUCUGCAACCUUCUAGUCAAGUUCGAAAGGAUGAAAUUGAUAUUGAUUGUUCCAUGCUACCAUGCUUCCCAUGUAAAUCCAAAAUUAGUGAAAAUAAUCCUUUAAACAUAAUAGAGGAGAUUCCUGCUGUUAGCAAUGAUCAAGCUGAUUUAGUUUUCCUUGAGAAUGGAACUCGUGAGGAUUGUAUGAAGCUACUGAUGUUGGAUGAUGUCGAUGAUGAGAGAAGAUACAGGGAAGCAAUUGAAAGACCUCUUUCACCUACUUUGCCUGUAAUAAAGUGUCCUGUCGUUGGGUUGAAAGGAGAGGACCAUUCUCACUAUUUGAUCAAGGAACAUUUCAGAGAGCCUACAAAUGACAAAGACACUUUUGAGACCUAUCACUGCUUUGAUGUAAUUAAUGGGGAAAUCAAUUCAAACAAGUUUGAGCUUGUAAAGCCAACACCUCCCGUAUUGAAAGAUAAUGUAGGUUCUGUUCAUGCAUCUGAAGAAUCAGAACUUAAUAAUGCACGUACAUUUAUGAGAGACUUAAACAAACAUGAGGAGCUGAAUAAUUUUGGACAUAACCAUGAGAAUAAUAUAUCUUCAGGUGCUGGAAAGGGAUUUGAUAUGAGGGAUAUAGAUGUCACAAUGAACACUACUGACUUCCCGCCAUCUAUCAUGAAGUUGCGAGAAAAUUUACAAGCUGAGCCUCUUGUCCAUCAUGUUAUUGAUCCAUAUGUUGCUUCUGCUUUAAAUGUUGGGAGCAAUGCUUCAACAAGGGAGAAUGACCAACAUUUGGCAUCAGGAAAUGACUCUCUUGGUGGUGAAAAAUCUUCUCAAACUGGCUGUCAUCAAACAUCAAAUCCUGGUCAAAUAGUAAGAAGUGAAAGUUAUGUUCAUGUAUCUGCCAAACAGGAGUUAGUAAAUCCACUUGGAGGCAAUGUUGGACUUGAGGAGACAACUGGGUUCUGUGAUGCCUUUUCAGAUACUGAGGAUGAAAAUAGUAUAUCACAUAUCAUUCAAGCUAGAAAUAACAUUGCAUCUGAGAAAACUGGGUGCUGUGUUGUCUUUUCACAUACCAAGGAUGAAGAUAGCAUAUCACGUAUCAUUCAAGCUAGAAAUAACCUUGCAUCUAAGAACUUUGGGAGAUCUCAAGUGGAUUGCAAUAUUGUGGAAGUCCUUCACUCCCUGGCAUUGGAGUUGGACCUUCAAUCAGAGGAAAAAGUAUGUGUUUUCUUUUCAUUGCUAUUGGGCAACAUUGCUGUUUCACUGUUUGCAAAUUCUGGAAGUAUAAUGGUUGAGAAUGUUUUACAGUUCACAAAAUCUUUUGCAACAGAGACUAGUAAAGUGAUUUCGGAUGCAACAGCUUGCCAGUAUUUUUCAGAAAUUUGCCAGUUAGAUAUCUUAUUGCACCUAAUUGACGAUUUUCUAAUAACAAGAAGGAUUAUGGUGUGUAAUGGUAUGGAGUCAGAGCAGACAUGUUCUUCACCUCUAUCUAGCAAAUCUUAUCAGUUGAAUGGGCAAAACGUGACCGAGGCAGCUGCUAAAACUUAUCAGCUAAUAGCUGCAAGCAUCUUAUCGGCCUCUAUUUGUGCAGUAUUUGACCAAAUUGGUUUUCUUCUUGAAGUUUCUUAUAAAGUUCUUUGUCUGUGUAAACAUGAUACAAAUUGCAAUUUGUUGAUGCUGCACAUUUUUGCUUUUGCAAUUGGUGAGAAAUUUUUUACCAUGGAGAAAUUCAAUUUUCAUGUGAGUGCCAUAAAGUCAGUGGUUUCACUGCUUGAGAGUGGACAUCAUUCACUUCUGUCUUUUUGUUCAGCUUCUGAUGUGGACAUCUGUUUUUCACCUUGCAAGCAAUGUCCUUUUUCCAAAGAUGCAGUUUGUACAGAAAAAAAUGUUUCCAUGCUGAUGGACAUAUUACAAGAUUCUUUUGCUGGGAGUUCAUCUGUGGGAUAUUCAUUUACCUCAUCAUUGUACCCACUAUCUGAAUCCAAUCCUCGACUUAAAGAAGGUAUUUGUUGUUCAAGAGAACCUGAUAGUUUGGGUGGUCAGUGUGAAGCAUCAUGUGUGUUAUUCAAGUAUGGAGAUUAUGCAGUUGAUUUUUUGAACUAUACUUCCAAGAGGGCCCUUUGCUACUUCGUUGAUAUUGUUUCUGUUGUUGAGCUAUUUGGUUGCUACAUGAAUUGGAAAUGGAUAUCUGACAAUCUUCUUUUGCGCCUUCUGAAUAUGCUGGAAUCAUACCCACCAAAUGAAUUUUCAGCUGCGGUUGUUGUGCUGGUUGGGCAACUAGGAAGGUUUGGGGUUGAUUCGGGAGGGUAUCAGCAGAUUGGGGUUCCACAACUGAGAAACAAGCUAUCUUCUCUGCUUGAUACAUAUGCAAAGGGAAGAAGCAACCUUCCUGAUCAACUUGCUGUUGUUGGUGCUCUGGUUAAUCUUCUUCCCGUUAGUUUCGAAGAAAUAAUCAAUGGGCGCCUUGAACAUCCAGUUGACACUAGUCAUUCUCACCAAAUCGAACCAGUAAAGCAGUGGUUUUCUAACCUGGACAAGAAACUGCAAAUUUUGGUAUCAAAUUUCUUUGGACAUGCUGAUCUAUAGCAACUCUGUUUCUUCUUCCUAAUCAACUUGCCGUUGUUGGCUCUCUGGUUAAUCUUCUUCCCAUUAGUUUCGAAGAAAUAAUCGACAGGCCCCUUGAACAUCCAGUUGACAUCAAGCAAGAAACUGCAAAUUUUGGUAUCAAACUUCUUUGGACAUAUGCUGAUCUAUAGCAACUCUGUGUCUUCUUGUGUGUCACAUGAUCCAUGCAUUCAUUCACUUAACUCAUCCAAAGUGUAGUUCCUGAUUUGAUGAGUUUUGCUGCUUCCAUUACUCCAUCAUAGUAACUAAUUUUGAUAAUGCUGUACAGAUAUAUUAUUUAUGCUGCUGGGUGCAGUUUUUUCCUUGGCAAUCUAACAUCUGUUGUCACUUUGCAUCAUUAAAAUUGUAGCUGGAGUUUUUUAGUAAAGCAAAAAACAUGUGGAUGUAUUAAUUCUUGCAUGAUUAACCAA